UUCACACUAGUUUCUUUCAAGCAAGCAAAACCAGCGGAACUUUAAUUGCGGUGUGCGGCGAACGAGAAGGGAAACCGAAAAGCAGCCAAUUUACUGUUGCGUUCCGAUCCUGUUAAUUCAUCAGUUGCCGAUUCUCCGAUCGCGCCUGUAACUUUUUUGUUUAGUUUAGUGCAUCAAGUGCGAGAUAACACAGCAAAGCAACAACAAACGAAGCGACAGGCCAAAGCGGACGCGCAAAAUACAAUAAAAAAUACAGCGAGUGAGUGAUCCCGCCAUCAUGAGCAAGAAGCCGACAGCCGGACCGGCGCUCCACAAGGUCAUCAUGGUGGGCAGUGGCGGCGUGGGAAAGUCCGCCCUCACACUGCAGUUCAUGUACGAUGAGUUCGUCGAGGACUACGAGCCCACCAAGGCCGAUAGCUAUAGGAAAAAGGUUGUGCUGGACGGCGAGGAAGUACAAAUAGAUAUAUUGGAUACGGCUGGCCAGGAGGACUAUGCCGCCAUCAGAGAUAACUACUUUCGCAGCGGCGAGGGUUUCCUCUGCGUCUUCUCCAUCACAGACGACGAAAGCUUCCAGGCAACCCAGGAAUUCAGAGAACAGAUCUUGCGAGUAAAGAAUGACGAGAGCAUACCGUUCCUGCUGGUGGGCAACAAGUGCGAUCUGAAUGAUAAGCGCAAGGUGCCGCUGAGCGAGUGCCAGCUGAGGGCGCAGCAGUGGGCGGUGCCCUAUGUGGAGACCUCGGCUAAAACCCGCGAAAAUGUGGACAAGGUAUUUUAUGAUCUAAUCAGGGAUAUUUCAUCGCGUAAAAAACAACGUCAGACGGACGUGAAACAGCCGCCGAAGCCCAACUCUCAUUGCUGCCAACUGCUGUAGGAUGAAUAACAACAACGGACAACAACCAUACGAUGAACAACAAACAACUGCAGCAGCAACAACUUGGAACACAACAACGGCCACACGGAUAACAACACACAGGAUAGGAUAUGGCGAACAGAACCAUAUGUUAAUACAAUUUAAUUAACUUUGAGAACACCAGUACACACACGAUCAGCAAGAGAUAUUAAUACUAUUUGCCACACUCAGAACUCCAAUCCAUAAUCCAAGUUAACUUGCAUUGUAAUAUACAUAAAUAUAUAUAUAUGAUUUAGGCAACAAAUUUUUUUCGAAAAAAUUAAAAGAAAAGCACACAGACAGGCAACUUACGAAUUCUGUCGUUUAUUUUUAGUUACUUUUUUUGAAUUAUCGAUGUUUGUGUUGACCCCGUAUAAUAAAAUGUUAAAACUAAAACCUAAAGCUGAAGCUAAAGCUUAAACAUAUUAAAUAUAAUCAAUCGUAGACACCUAAAGAAGCCCAUAAUAAUUAUGCAAUUUAAAACUUGCUACAGAUAUUUCUCUUGUUUAAUUAUAUAUACGCAUACAUUUUUUUGUAAUAUUUUAAAGUUUAAUAGCAAAAUGCAAACCACACAAACCAACAAGAAACCACACAGAAAAGCUUUUUAUAAAUAUAUCUAAAUAUAUAUUUAAAUAUAUAUAUUAAAUAGUUUAAAGUAUGAAAAACUUAAAAUCCUAGCGAAGAAACAACAGAGGAAAACGGGAAAAACAAAAAAUAUCUCCAAUUAUUAAUGGUAAACGAAGUGAAUCAAAACAACUUUUUAAUGAAAUUUUUGUAAUUUUCUAAACCGAAAGCAAAUGUGUAGGGAUUUAUAAACAACAAAAAACCAAUGAGGAAUGAUACACUAACGUUUCUGAAAAGCUUUGGAGACUUUCCUUUACGAACAGUUAUUUUCUUUGCCCUGGAACACAUCCAAUAUAUGUAUGUAUGUAUGUUUAGCAAUUACUCCCGAUUGAUUUGCUUCUUUGUGUACUUUUGUAUAACUGCAUUCUGUAUUGUAAUAUUUAAGCUAUUAUUAUUAUGACAAUUAUUAUUAUUAAAUAUAUAAGUUAUAUAUGCAAUCAAGCGAUGAUUGGUUCACUUUUUGUAUGUAUGUAUGAGGCAUAUUCCUAGUUUCCCCUGUGAAAAUUUGUGCAACACACACGAAAUCUCGACCACAGUUAGAGCACGCAACCAUUUGUUUUAUCCUCCUUACAGACUUAUGCGAAUAUCCAAAACAAAAUCAAACAGACGCAAUUUUUUUACAAUAUAUACAUGCAUGUAUAUAAAUAUAAAAAUUACAAUUACGAGAGUUAAAAAUGUCGAUUGAUGGAGUGUACGUUUAGCUUGACUCAGAAAUAAAACGAAAAAUAUGAAAAC